AGUGGAACCUCUACUUAUUCCCAACCGGCUGGAACAGUUCCACACAAAUGUAUUGAUCCUGUGUUGUAGUUUCCCUUUUCUCUAUUCAGCUUGUCACCUGUAUUUUGAAUUCAUUUGUUUGCCUUUUUUUUUUAAAUUGUGCUUCGAGUCUCUCCCUUUGGCAGAGCGGCAGCUUCCUUGUCCAAGAAUCGUAGUUCACAUCUUGGUAUUUGCUUGUAUUGGUCUGGGAGUUCAAACCAGGCAGGAAUUUUGUUUUUCAAAAUUGGAUGUUAAUUUCAAACCUAAGAUUCUCUUUUUCUGAUGGUCAAGUUUUUAUCUUCAUGGUAGAUGGUUCAGCAUGACUUAACAAUUUUAUUUCGGACGCACCUCCAAAGAAUUCAACUUUUGGAUUAAAACCAAACUUAGGGAACACAUUUCUCCCAUGGCGCUACAGACGACCUGAUCAACCAAAUCCAACAUGGCCUUGACACUACACUUAAAAUAUGCAGAAAAGUUGAAAGGUCGGGCAGAGAGAUUAGCCAAAGUAACAUUUAGAGGUCUGUCUCACUAUACUAAAGUGUUGGAAAAUGUGGAGGAUUCGGUGGUUUUUGACGAGAUGUUCGAGUGGCCCGUGGCCAGGCCCAUUGAGGCCGAGGAAGUGAUUGACAUACAGAUCUACAACUACAACAAGUACCUAAGCAACAGAUUGGUCGGGACGUUCCGCAUGAUACUGCAGGAGCUGAUUGAAGUCGGCUGCGUCAAGAUCUCGGACUGUCUCCUUGACAACAACAAUGUGGUCAUGAAGACCACGGUGACAUUUGAGCUGUCUUACAACGCUCCGGACGGGUCCGUGGGGCUCUGGCAGAAGGGAGGUUUUGAAAAACUCAAAAGUCGAGAGCUGCGGAGAGGGCUGAAUGAGGAGGAGAGGUUGAAUGAGUUGAACAAGAGGGAGGAUGCCUUUGUGGGGGAUCAAGAUAGAGACUCUGACUCUGUUACCUUGAGUCCAUCCCUGUCCAUCAAAGGGUCAAUGCUGAGUCUUACCUCCAAAUCAUCCAACAGUAAAUCUCCCAAAAGUCCAGGCAGUAAAACUCUGGGGUCAGUGGUCAAGAUGGCGAUGAUGAAGCGGUCAAGGCAAACUAUAUCAGAUACUGAGGAGGACAGAAUUACUUUGACUGACCAACAAGACCCAGAUUCCAGCGAUCUGGACGCUAAAGCUGCUGAGGUGGCCUCAAUGUUGGCCAGAACAAACAGAAACAUGGACCAAGAUGACACAACGGCCAUGGAGCUGCCAGUACCGCUUGCUGCCCAAGGAAAGAGGGGAAGAUCAUCCUUAAUGUCUGAUGACGCUAUGAUGAAAGCCCAAGAUUUUCAGGUGUGCAUUACAAUACUAGAGGCUCGUCAACUCGCUGGUCUAAACAUGGACCCAGUGGUAUGUGUCCAGGUGGGAGACCAGAGAAAGUUUACCAGCGUGAAAGAAUCGACUAAUUGUCCAUACUACAACGAGUACUUUGUCUUUGACUUCCAUAUGCCGCCCCUGAUGCUGUUCGACAAGAUUAUCACACUGUCGGUUCAGCACUUCCGUAAGUUCCUCAGAUCUGGGUCAGUUGUGGGCUGUUUCAAGCUGGACAUUGCCACAGUGUACAGAGAAAAUGAUCAUCAAUUCUACCACAAGUGGGCCAUGCUGACCGACCCUGAUGACAUCAAUGGCGGAGUCAAAGGCUAUCUCAAGUGCGACAUCGCGGUCAUCGGCAAGGGGGACUCGGUCAAGGUCCCUCCAAAGUCCGAGAAGGAGGAUGACGACAUUGAGGCAAACUUACUGUUACCCGACGGUGUACCGGCAGACCGGCAAAAAGCCCGAUACAUCAUCAAAAUCUACAAAGCAGAAGGUCUUCCGAAAAUGAACACUGGACUGAUGGCCAAUGUGAAGAAAGCGUUCACCGGUGAGAACAGAGACCUGACUGACCCAUUCGUAGAAGUUCACUUCGCGGGACACAAAGGCAGGACGUCGGUCCGGAAAGGCUGCUACGAGCCCGUCUGGAACGAGCAGGUCAUCUUCACCGAGAUGUUCCCGCCGCUGUGCCGGAGAAUUCGUCUGCAGCUACGAGACAGCGACAGCGUGCAAGACGACGUCAUCGGCACCCACUUCCUGGACCUGUCCACGAUUUCACACGAAGGAGAAAAAGGUUUUCUCCCAACGUUUGGACCGGCAUGGAUCAAUCUAUAUGGCUCAACACGUGACUAUCAAAUACUCGCCAAGCACGGCCACCUGAAUGACGGCCUGGGAGAAGGCGUGUCCUACAGGGGACGUGUCCUGGUGGCCUUAAAGACUGAGAUCAUUGAGGCGGAGGACAUUGGGACUACGCUGGUAGAGGUGGAGCCAGCGCUUCCAAUAUCUGAUACUGCUGCGGGACGUCUGGAGGAGUACUUCCUGUUGGGGGUGAUACUUGAAGCCACCAUGAUAGACCGCAAGACAGGAGACAAACCCAUUCACUUUGAGAUCAGUAUAGGGAAUGCUGGGAACGUAAUGGAUGGCUACAACGCGCCAUGCAGACACAGCCGAGACAGUAGCUCCGAUGAUUCUGAAGCAGCUUCCGGUCGUGAAGAUGACAACAUGACCUCCAGCCUGGACACACCACAAUGGGUCAGUACCACACAGCCUGUGAAACCAGUCACCAUUGACAAGUGCUACUACCACCUACCCUACUACCAGAACAAACCCUGCGUGUACGUCCGUGACAUGUUUGAGGACCAUCGGAGGCGGCUCUACAACUCCAACAUCAUCGACAAGAUUUGCGAAAAGCUGGACGACGGCCUGACCGCGGUGAACCUGAUGAUCGAAGAGGAGCAGCCCUUUCCCGAGCAGAAGUUGAGGAUGGUCUUCGAAGAGCUCGGUCAAGGCUGCUCCAAAUUUGUCUCCCUGGUCAAAGGGACAGGGGGAGGGUCAGCUGCUGGGAAAACCAAACUGGACAAGGAGAGGCACAAACUGUUGGUCAGAGAAAUGGACCAGAUGUCGACCUUGGCCAGGACCAUGAAAGCAACAGUGACCAAAUCAAAUAUGAAAGACAAGUUAAAGGCUGGGACUCAAUACCUUAACAAGCUGAAAAGUCUGGCCAUAGAGCCUCAGCAUGCUCUGCCGGACGUUUUAAUCUGGAUGGUCAGCAAUAACAAGAGAAUCGCCUACCAGAGACUUCCUGCAAGACAGAUUAUCUACAGUAUAGUGGACGAAGAGAGAGGCCGAGACUGUGGCAAACCAAUCACUUUACUUCUGAAGCUUCCAGGAAAGAAAGCCAUGGGCUCAGCUGGGUGGACCAUCCAGACCAAGCUUCAAGUCUUCCUUUGGCUUGGCUUGUCCAAACACAAGAAAGAUUACUUGAAAGGAUUGCCCAAAGGAUAUGAAGAGACGAAGCAGCUGAGGUCUUCCAGUAAACCUUGCGGAGUCCCUCCAAAUUGUAUACACUAUACAGAACGCCAGUCUUUCCAGCUGAGAGCACACAUGUACCAGGCGAGGCAACUCAUAGGCUCAGAUGCCUCCGGGUUGUCUGACCCCUUUGCGAGAAUAGCGUUUGCUGAACAAAGUAUGACAACUCAGGUAAUCGAGCAGACGUUGAGUCCUACCUGGGAUGAGAUGCUGAUCCUCAAGGAAGUCCAGAUGUACGGGACCAUGGACGAUAUAGUGGACGAGCCACCGACCAUCGUGGUGGAGAUAUUUGACCAGGAUAAAGUGGGCAAGUCUGAGUUCAUUGGACGAGCUCUGUGCCGGCCAGUGGUCAAACUCAGCACGGAGCUCUAUGGUCCACCCAAGUUCCCACCUCGCCUUGAGUGGUGGGAUAUAUAUCGUGGGCCAGACAGGGCAGGUGAGCUGCUGGCUGCAUUUGAGCUACUUCAGAAACCCUUCGAAGAAUCCGACUUGAAGGCGGCCCAUCUGACACCACCUUACGCACGAAAGUCCAUACUGCCGUUGGCACCGUUUGGUGACGCCUCUGGGCAAGAUCUGCCUCCGCUCGAGCUGCCAGCCACUGAGAGAGACCGUGGCCCCAUCAUGCCGGUACCAAAAGGAAUCCGACCAAUAUUGAGUAAACACAGAAUAGAAGUCCUGUUUUGGGGUGUCCGUGACCUCAAGCGUGUUCAGCUCCAAUCAGUGGACCACCCUCGUAUUGACGUCGAGUGUGCGGGCCACGUGCUCAGCUCCUCAGUGGUCCUUAACUGUAAAAAGAAUCCAAACUUCAGUGUUCCGGUGAAGUACUUCGAUGUGGAACUGCCGGAGAACGAGCUGUACUGUCCGCCUAUAACUAUUCGCUGUGUUGACUGUCGGAGUUUUGGGAGGUUUACGUUGGUGGGCACCCACGUGAUCAGCAACCUGCACAAGUUCAUGUAUGUACCUACCACGACCCAGGCCAAGAACACUCUACAGAAGAUAUUCCCACUGAAAGGCCUGGACAGUGUGAAGAUCAUUCAGUCGGGCUCGCCGGUGUCUCGCAGAUCUGAAGACGUGGCCAUUAAUGUGGACGAGAAUCUUCCCCUCAUUAGCAAGGACCAGUGUAUUACCAUUGACACGCUUCAGACAAACAAAGAGAAGAAAACGACCGAGAACAAAAAGACUAAAAGUAAAGUGGAAGACGAUGAAUUGGACCUGGAGACAUUGGACUGGUGGAGCAAGUACUUCGCUUCAGUGGAAACUUUGAUCAGGGAAGGGGCAGAUAAAUCAGAGGAACAUGGCCACAGCAACGAUGUUUUCAACGUGGAGCUUCUGGAAGCAGAGAGUAAGGUUGCAGACUUGGGUAAUAACAAAGAUGAUGCUUUUAAGAAGUCAGCCAACGGGAGUUAUGGAACUUUAGGAGGAGGUCUUCCUAACGAUACAGAAGGGGAAGAAGUUGAAAUCAAACAAGCGAAGCGCUUUGACAAAGAUGUGAAACGCAGAGAAGAGAAAGAAAAGAGACAAUCCAGACCCCAACAAAGAGAAGGCACCUUGGCCAAACAGUUGUCCCCCAAGGCCCAACGAAAGUUGGACAAACUGCUGAGCAAUACCUCACAACUAAAGCGCUCAGAUUUCAUGAGAAGGUUUCAAUUUAAUAAACAAUCCAAGGAUGAUAACUCUGAAGAAAAUAUAGGAGUUAUUUCUCUCAUUCGGGUGUAUCCCACCGAGCUGGAGAGUCAGACCCAGUUUGAAGGCUUCAGGGAUUGGCUGCAUACCUUUGAACUCUACCGAGGCAAGAACAUGGGAAACGAUGAACCGGAUGAGAACAGAGUCGUCGGGAAGUUCAAGGGUUCCAUGAAGAUCUACAAAAUACCUCUGCCACCGGACAUUGAGGACUGCACCAUCACAGGGGGUGAUCCAGCUUAUGGCUUGUUCCAAGGUCUGCCGAGCAAUGAGCCGGUCAAAGUACUUGUCCGUGUCUACAUAGUCAAGGCCAACGACCUUCACCCUGCGGACAUCAACGGCAAGGCGGAUCCCUACCUGGUGAUUAGGUUGGGCUCCAAGUCUCAGAAUGACAAAGACAAUUAUAUUUCCAAGCAGCUGAACCCAGUAUUUGGCAAGUGUUUUGAAUUUGAAGCCACGUUUCCCAUGGAGUCAUUGUUGACUGUUCAAGUUUAUGACUGGGAUCUCAUAGGAGUGGACGACUUGAUAGGAGAGACGAAACUAGACUUGGAGAAUCGAUACUACAGCCGGCAUCGCGCUUCCUGUGGACUGGCGCAGAAAUAUGAACUUCACGGCUACAAUGCUUGGAGAGAUCCACAAAAACCGACCCAAAUAUUGGCCAGGCUGUGUAAAGACAGUAAAGUGGACGGACCCUAUUACCAGCCAGGCAAGGUCCGAGUGUCCAACAGAAUUUUUACCGCCCCGAUGGAACUAGAAGACGAAAAUGGGAUGAAGAAGGCCACAGACGAACACUUGGCCCUGGCUGCACUGAAUAACUGGCAUGAAAUUCCGAAAGUGGGCUGCCAUUUGGUUCCAGAACACGUCGAGACCAGGCCACUGUUCCAUCCAGAAAAGCCUGGAAUAGAACAGGGUAAACUGGAGAUGUUUGUAGACAUGUUUCCAAUGGACAUGCCAGCCCCUGGACCUCCUGUUGACAUUUCACCAAGGAAACCCAAGAGCUAUGAGCUCAGGUGUAUCAUCUGGAACACGGAUGACGUGGUGCUCGAGGACGAUGCUUUCUUUACAGGGGAGAAGAUGUCAGACAUAUAUGUCAAGGGUUGGAUCAAAGGGUCCGAGGACAUGCAGUCCACUGAUAUACACUACAGAUCUUUAACAGGUGAAGGAAACUUUAACUGGAGAUUCGUCUUCCCUUUCGACUAUUUGGUGGCCGAGGAGAAAAUAGUCAUCUCUCGGAAGGAGACCUUGUUCUCUUGGGACGAGACCGAGUCCAAGAUUCCAGCCAGGCUCAACAUGCAGGUCUGGGAUGCUGACCAUUUCUCUGCUGACGAUUUCUUAGGUGCUUUAACUUUGGAUUUGAACCGCUUCCCCCGUGGCGCCAAGUCGAGCAAGCUGUGCACCUUGGACAUGCUGAAGACGGAUGGCUCUGUGCCCCAGAUGUCCCUGUUCAAGCACAAAAGAGUUAAAGGCUGGUGGCCCUUCCACGUGAAGAAUGAAGGCAGUGAAGAGCUAGAGUUAACGGGGAAAGUGGAGGCGGAGCUCCAUCUGAUGAGUGCAGAGGAAGCUGAGAAACACCCGGCAGGGUUGGGGAGGUCUGAACCAGACCCUCUGGAGAAACCAAAUCGCCCAGAUUCCUCGUUCAUGUGGUUCAUGAAUCCUUUCAAGUCUCUCCGAUACAUCCUGUGGCACAACUACAAGUGGAUGAUCAUCAAGCUGCUGCUGGUGGCGCUGCUGGUGGCCCUCCUCAUCCUCUUCUUCUACUCCAUGCCAGGCUACACCGUCAAGAAGAUGUUCAACGCCUGAGCAGCUCUUGACUGUGUCUCGAAUGGGGCUCACUGUCAGGGAACUGGGUGUCAGCUAGCGCACUUCAACAAGACUGAGACGCCAGCGCUGGCGUGAUUAAAACGGUACUGACAACCGCAUUGAUGACAACCAUUGUGAUAAGAACCACAUUGAUGACAACCACAUUGAUGACAACCAGUGUGAUAGCAACUUUUAUAAACAACCAUUCCCUUCAACAAUUUUUGUUUAAAUACGAGAAUCGACUCCAUGGUGCGAAGUGUUUGUUUGGUUGUUUUGAUGACAUUGUGUGUGCCAACUAUUGUCAACUGACAUAACCUGACAUGACAUGGCAUCGACCCCUCCACCCUUUAAAUUUUCUCCUUGUUUAGCCUAGAACCAUGUCAUCCCUCGAAGACAAUCGGAACUAAUGUUACCUGGAUAUUGGAGCCAAGAAAAUGUUUCAACUCUCGCUCCUUAAGGGAAAGAACUGAUCAGCUUUCCGACUUCAUUGUGUAUUCCUGUCUCCAUGACAACGCAUGACGUCAGAGAAAGGAAAUUGUUGAUUUUUUUUUGUUUGUUUGUUUUGUUUUCAUUGAAUGUAUUUAAUGUCACUGUCAUGAUUCAAUGACAUAUUUAAGAUGACACUGACACAUGAAAAACCAAUAUGUCUUAUUUAUAAACGUGAUUAUGCCCCGUGUAUAUGUUCAAUACGUUUUUUUCUUUAUAACGGACAUAUUUAUUUCUUCAUCAAAAAGUUAUGCCUGUGUUUAAAUCCCAAUAUAUUGAGUUUUUUUUUUUUUUGUUGGUUUUUUUUUUUAACGCUGUUGUUAAUACACCAGGUAUCUGGGUUAAGAAAUAUCUUAUGGAAAACAAAUUAAAUGCUACAGUUCAGACGAGGUAUCUCACGAGGUUCCACUUUUGUUGGACGGUACUCUAGGACUGUAAGAUUAAGGUUCCUGUCCUUGUCCUGUAGUUAUUCUAUAUCGUGUCGUUAGUUUCCUUGAGGAAGAGACGGGGCCCUGGGCGAGUGUCGUAUCAGGGCUACGAAUAUUUGUACGAUUGUCUGACGGUGGCAAAAUGUACUCUUUAUUGCGUGACCCCCUACCCCCAAGGCGCGGUAGAUCUAUUCGCAUCCCUUACAGCCGCCUCUGGUCGAGGCGAUCUUAUUAAUAUUUCACUGUAACCCCCACUUUUGUUUCCAAAGGCGACGCUUCUGAUUCACAAGCCGAGUGCACAGCACCAUGGUGGGAGAAAAUGUUUUAAACUCGUCAAGUGGUUAAGCUGAUUAUGCUUGAAAACUGUACCACCACUGUGCAAUAGACUUGAAUAGACCCUAGUCCCUCCCCCAAAAGAGUUUUAUGAAACGAAAAUUUGUGUCUUGCAAUUUUGUGUACUUUAUUAUACAGCAGUGUAGUUUUGUUUAAUCUCUAAGACUGAAGAUCAUGCAACUUUUUUAGAAUUCGGAAAUGCGACAAGAAUAGAUAUACAUGUUUUCAAGUUACAUAAAUGUAUGCACAUCUCCCAGUCUAUAUUUAUUUAUGUCUAUGUUUAAAACAUUAAGACAUAUAUAUAAAUCAGAUUUUGCAUUUUACAUACUUAUACACUCAAACAGAAUUACUAGAAAUGUUGUGAAAUGCAUCUUAGAAAAAUAUACUCUCGAAAGACAUAGUUCCAUACAAAAACAUAACACUAAAAGCUUUUACACACAAGGGACAACGUUUCCUUGCUUUACAGUGGGUGUACGGCAUUUGCGUACCAUUGCGUCACCUUGCAGUCCCCCCUGACUUUUUAAAAAUGUGAUUGUUAAUAUAGUUGUGUAAAUAUGAAUACUAUUAUUACAUUUAUUUAUUCCAUGAGCGUUAGUUCCAUAAUAAACGUAGCAAUAUUGUGAUGUUACCAUUGACACAAGGCUAGGCGAUGUCCCAGUUGUGGAAUCAUAAUUUGUUAAAUGACGAACAGCUUAUGCUAUUCUGUAUAAAAAGAAAAAAAAAAGAAUUCUCUUUUGGCCCAAGAUCGCAGUACUUCAAGUGGAUACGAAGAACCUGCUGUGACCUACAUAUUUUGCCGCUGUAAUGUAAUAAUAUUAUUUUUUAAAAAUUAUUUCCAUUCUUUGUCAAUGCUUUUUUUUUAAAAGUUAUUUUUCUGUGACAAUGCACUCCUUGUGUUACAGAUUGUAUAUAAAAAAUUUUUUUUCUUCAAAAGUAAUUUUCAAUCUAAAGCUGAUGGGUCUGGGAUCAAAUCAUCGUCCAUGACAAUACUCCGAUUAUUGCUUUGGCGAUAUGUUGGCGUCAUCAGAGGUAGGAGGAGUAUGGAAGAGUAUUGAAAGCCUGGGUACGCAGCUGUCGGGUCUAAAGAAACAGCCAUUGCCCGAUACAAUUUGGGAACGGCGUCGCAAGGCUCUACAAGAAUGUUGCACUGAGUGCUUCCAGCUACUCAUGGGUCAACAGUUCCUGAUUUUUUCCUCAGGGUUGUCCCCAAAAGUCUGGCACGAUAAAAUGCACAUAAGCUGAGGUUUUUUUUUACUAGAUGAGUGAAAAACAUAUUGUUCACAUAUUCAGAAGACAACUUUGUUGACCCUCAAUACUUUGUUAACAUGUAUUGGAUAUGACUUUUUUUAUAUGAGUAACAAUAUGAAUCAUCGCAUCUCACUUAUUGACAUUAUUUCGCAUAAUCACAUGACAUUUGUGACACUGUGUCAUUACACUAUAUCUAAUGGCAUGUGUAGCACUGUAUGUUAUGACAUUUGAGACAAAUUAAUGUUGACAUUCAUUUUACAUUUUUAAAAAAAAUAACAUGUAUGAUUUACCUGGUCAUCUUGUUGUUGAUCUUAAAUUACUUACACAUGUUAAUAUUCAUUCAAAGUGGUUCAGAAAUAAUAAUACAAUGUUAUUUCAAGUCUGCAAGUGGUUUUUUUUUUUAAAUAGUUCUUCUAUGACCCUUUGUAGCAUGUAUUUAGAUGACAUACUGUUUGUAGCCACGAUUUGAAAAUGUCAUGAUAUUUGUAACAAAAUGUUUGUUUUCACUGCUACAGUACCUAAUAUUUUUUUUUGGUUUUCAUGAAAACUAGCACGAACAUUUUUGAAACAAAUAAAAUAAUCUCCA